ACAUCCACUGAGCGCAGCUGUUGCCAAGCAGCCCGCAAGAUGACCAUCAACACCCUGGCUCGAGGGGGCUGGCACCGGGAACAAAUGGCAUGCUUUCGAAAGAUGGAGAAAGUGAUUGUGGCCAUGCAGGACCCGGACAUGGGCGUGAAGAUGAGAAACCAGAGGCUCCUUAUAACGGUCAUCCCACACGCCAUGACAGGCCGCGACAUCAUCGAGUGGCUCGUUCACAAAUACAACAUAUGCGAAGAGGAGGCUCUGCACCUUGGAGUCAUGCUGGUGGGCUUCAGCUAUAUUUACCCUCUCAAGGAGCCCCGGUUGCUUGUGCUGCGUCCCGAUGACUCGCCCUACCGCUUCCAGACCCCUUACUUCUGGACCGGUACUCGGUGGCCUGCCUCUGAGCUGGACUAUGCAAUACACUUGGCUAAAAGGAACAUCAGAAAACAAGGACAGUUGAUGGAAUAUGAAAAGGAGCGCUACAGUCUGUUGCACAAGAGGAUCAACCACACCUGGGACUUUGUGGUGAUGCAAGCCAGAGAGCAACUCAGAGCAUCCAAACAGAGGCGGAAGGCUGACCGGAUUGUUCUGGAGUGUCAGGAGCAGGCUUACUGGCUCGUCAACAGACCCCCGCCGGGGGUGCUUAAUGUGCUCGACGUGGGUCUGGAAAGGCUGAGUAGCUGCAAUUUACGAGUCACACCGAAUAGUGACUACUACAAAAGAGAGAUUGAAACUUGGAGAAGGGCUCUGGGAAGAAACCGUGUCAAGUCAUCCAUCUGCCUGGAAGGUUUUUUGAAAUUCAGUGAGCAGUACCAGAACCACGAUCCCAUUAUGCAGGGUUGUCUUCCCAGUAAUCCCUGGAUCUCUGACGACACUGCGCUUUGGACCAUGAAUGCAGAUAUGAGUGCGCCCACCCCGACGCGCCUCCGAGUGGAACGUUGGGGCUUCAGCUUCAUGGCACUUCUCCUUGACACCAUGGGGAGGCGGGAAUUCAUGACUUACCUGGAAAAAGAAUUUAGUGCGGAGAAUUUGUGUUUCUGGCAGGCAUGUGAAGACAUCAGACAUGGAGAAAGUUCCAAGAUCGUAGAGAAGGUGGAUGAAAUAUACAAAAACUUCUUGGCGCCCGCAGCUGCACGCUGGGUGAAUAUUGACAGUAAGACCAUGACCAAGACCUUAGAGGGCAUCCAACGUCCACAUCGCUUUGUCAUGGAUGACGCGCAAAUGCACAUCUACUUCCUCAUGAAGAAGGACUCUUAUCCCAGAUAUCUUAAAUCUGACCUUUACAAGAACAUGCUGGCCAGGGCUAUUAUUCCACAGGAAACAAAGAAAAGCGUGUUUCCCUUUAUGAGGAGACAACGGCACUCGAGCCCUUCGCCCGCCAAGGCCGCCACUCAGGAAGACGGGCUCGUUAAAGGGUCUGAGCUGGCAGGAACCAGUUCUGCCGCUGUCUGAUGCCAGGCUAAAACAAUGAAAACAUAACAGGUCCACCUCGGUCUCAUUCUUGUCAUUGUGGUCACACCACAUUAAACUUUCUCGUUUCUGACUGCAACUUUGAUUUAUCCUGCACGCCUCUGUCGGGGGGGGGGGGGGGGGGGGGGGGGGAGAACGACAAGAACCGGCACCUCACUUUCCAUCCUGAUCUGUGGUAACUUUUCGUCUGGGUGUCCUCAUUUGUAACACAAUAUAGGUGCAAAUGUUAAAUCAAAAAAGUAACGUGUGCAGAGCUGUUAUAAAAUGUAGCGUAGUCCUUCGCCCCGAGGGAAAAAGUUGACGCCCUCCUUAAAAAGGUUUAUGAUUGCCUACUGCUGCCACAAGAUGGCAGCAAAGCACUACUUUUCUAUUAGACAGGGCGAUGGCCCAUCUAAAUGAAGCUCAUCCCCUUACUUCAAUAAGUUCCUUGACACCAAUAUGCCACAAGAUGCCACCAAACAAUACCUUUACAUUUAACAAGGCUUUGGCCCGAGCACAAACAGAGCAGCGAAUUGCAGGUUCUUCUGUCAGCCUUGAAAAAUGUCCCAACGUCCUCCAAAACUUCCUAGUUCCGAGGUAUAAAUAUCCUGCGGUGAAAAGGGCCUACACUUACAAUCCCAAGUUUUUCGCCCUAUAUGAAAACACAAUACAACACGCACAGUAUAACGGCGACAUACAGCCGGUUUCUGGAGCACAUUGCCGUUUAUGCACACACCAGAGUAGCAUCAAAUAGAAUACCAGCAAGUUAACAAAAAGCUUCCAGCGCUAUUGCAACGUCCUGCAGAGUAUUUGUUGUCUAUAUUCUUUCUCAGCCUUAAAAUGUUUAUUUUGUUCUUGAUAUCCAACUCUGGAUUCACUGGCAGUGUUCCCCUUAAAAAAUAAAAAUCAAUUGUUACUUGAGCAAUAGAGAUGUACAUUUUGUAAUUAGUUUGUCUCGUGUGCAUUUUUUUGGUAAAUGAUCAAGAUUGACGCGUUUGUUCAUUCCACAAGGAAACUGGUGAGUGCAUUCACUGCUACCUUUGCUUGAGCACGUUCGAGUCCCAAUAAAACAAAUUCAACAUUUAUUGUGUUGUGCACUGCAUUCCUCAAUUAUGUGAUUUGAAUCUGUAACAAUUUUCUAAUAUUUCCAUGUUUUUCUUCUUUUUUGUAUGUCUCUCUCCAUGCCUCCGGCCCAAAUGUUAAGUUUACAGCACAGUGGUGGGUUACUGACAAAGUCCUCUGGUCUCUUUUUACAUUCCCAAAACAUGCAUGUUGGACAAUUUGAAGACACUAAAUUGCCCGUGGGUGUGACUGCGAGCGUGAAUGGUGGUUUGUCUGUGUGCCAAGCGAUUUGCCGGGGACCAACCCAGGGCGUUGCCACGCCUCUCGUCCAAAUUUUGCUGGGACGAGCUGCAGCUCGCACAAACACAGCAAGCGGGAGGCCUACAGAAAAUGGGCGGAUGUGGUUAGCUGCAGUUUCUUCAGCAGGACGACGCCUGCCUCCUUCUACUGGCUGUCAUCGGUCAAGAUAAAACGUAUACGGAAAAUUGCUACAGCCUUAAAUAUAGACGUGACCUCUACUUUAAUACACUUUACCAUCAGGACGAAGAGUUUGAUAACAGAUUGAUCAACUGCACGCCCUGUUCAUGAUGUGUUCAAGAGCAGCUCGAAAAAAACCAUGAAAAGGAUUGAACUGUUU